AUGGCCUGUUCCCAUGUCAGAUUGAACAAGGUCGAGCUCAGCUGGUCUGGGAAGCUGGGCCAUCCUAAGCUGACCUGUGCUCAGGGUGGAAAUAACGCAGGCCAUACUGUUGUUGUUGAUGGGAAAGAAUAUGAUUUCCAUCUAUUUCCUAGUGGCAUAAUUAACCCAAAGGCAAUUUCUUUUAUUGGUAAUGGAGUGGUUAUACAUUUACCAGGCUUGUUUGAAGAAGCUGAAAAGAAUGAAAAGAAAGGUUUAAAAGAUUGGGAGAAAAGACUUAUUAUAUCAGAUAGAGCACAUAUAGUGUUUGACUUUCACCAGGCAGUAGAUGGGCUCCAGGAAGUACAACGUCAAGCACAAGAAGGAAAAAAUAUUGGCACAACAAAGAAAGGGAUUGGACCAACAUAUUCUUCCAAAGCUGCACGAACAGGUCUUCGAAUUUGUGACCUCCUUUCUGACUUUGAUGAAUUUUCUUCAAGAUUCAAAAAUCUGGCACAGCAGUACAAGUCAAUGUUUCCCACAUUAGAAGUAGAUAUAGAAGGGCAACUGAAAAAGCUAAAGGGGUAUGCUGAAAAAAUAAGACCCAUGGUUCGCGAUGGUGUCUAUUUUAUGUAUGAAGCUCUUCAUGGCUCCCCAAAGAAAAUUCUUGUUGAAGGAGCCAAUGCAGCAUUACUUGAUAUUGACUUUGGCACGUAUCCUUUCGUGACUUCAUCAAACUGCACCGUAGGUGGUGUAUGCACUGGACUUGGUGUUCCUCCCCAGCAUAUUGGUGACGUAUAUGGCGUGGUGAAGGCAUAUACUACUAGGGUGGGAAUUGGAGCCUUCCCCACUGAACAGAUUAAUGAAAUUGGAGACCUUUUACAGUCCCGUGGCCAUGAGUGGGGGGUAACCACAGGCAGAAAAAGACGCUGUGGCUGGUUAGAUCUUGUCAUUUUGAAAUAUGCUCAUAUGAUCAACGGAUUCACUGCUUUGGCAUUAACAAAACUGGAUAUUCUUGAUGUCCUUGAUGAGAUUAAAAUUGGCGUUGCUUACAAAUUGGGUGGAAAAAGAAUUCCAUAUUUUCCAGCUAAUCAGGAAAUACUACAGAAGGUGGAAGUAGAGUAUGAAACAAUGCCUGGGUGGAAGACUGACACAACUGGUGCACGAAAAUGGGAGGACCUCCCACCCAAGGCCCAGAAUUAUAUCCGAUGUGUGGAAAACCAUGUUGGAGUGCCAGUUAAAUGGGUCGGAGUUGGAAAAUCAAGAGAGUCAAUGAUCCAGCUAUUUUAAACAAACGAAGAACUUCAGUGAUGAGGAGCACAAUUUAGUGUUCAUCUGUUCCUUACUACUUCCUCUUUAAAUGGAGAUGCUAUUUAAAACCAACCUGUUCUUCUAGGAAUUGAAUAGAAACCAAACAUAUAUUCUGUAUUGUAACAUUUUAUUUAUCUUGAAGCUCUCAGUAAAUUCAGUGUAAUAUCU